CCCCGGCCCGACCACCCUCGAGACCGCGGUCGCCGAGCCGCCCGCGUCCCAGCCCAUGGCGUUCGUCACGAAGAAGGACACCGGCCUGAAGACGGUCAUCAAGGGCUUCCUCACCGGCGGCACGCAGGCCGCCAUCACGUACCCGACCGAGUUCGUCAAGACCCAGCUGCAGCUCCAGUCCAAGGCCAACCCCGAGUAUGCGGGCAUCGCCGACUGCUUCAAGAAGGUGUACGCCAAGCACGGCAUGGGUGGCCUCUACGCUGGGGCUCCCGUGCGGAUCAUCGGCGCGGGCUUCCAGCAGAUGUUCCGGUGGGGAGCCUAUACGAACUUGGCGGGCGUCGCCCGCGACCCCGCGACCGGCAAGUUGAGCCCGCUGAUGACCACAUUGUGCGGCCUCGGCGCGGGCAUCUGCGAAGCCGUCUGCGCCGUGACCCCCGUCGAGACGCUCAAGACGCGCGUGAACGACGACAUGCGCCGAGGCACUGGCAAUUACAAGAGCACCGGCGACGCGCUGGUGAAGAUCUUCAAGUCGGAGGGCCCGAUGGGCCUGUACCGCGGCGCGGCGCCCACGAUCCUCAAGCAGGGCACCAACCAGGCGGUCAGGAUGCCCGCUCAGGUCCAGAUCAUGGCGCUCAUCUGGAGGAACAGCUGUGUCUCCGUGAUGGCCACGCAGCCCGCGGACUGCGUGAAGUCGAGGAUGCAGGGCGAGGCCGCCAAGGAGCUGUAUUCCGGCACCCUCGACUGCGCGAUGAAGAUGCUGAAGAGCGAGGGCCCUUCCAGUUUCUUCGCGGGGUCCAUACCCCGCAUGGUGCAAGUGGGGAUGACGAGCGGCAUCAGUUUUGCGCUGUUCCCGGUAAUCAGCAAGCUGCUCAACAAAGUCAUGUAG